AUGGGCGGGGAGGCCACGGGGGACCUAGGAGAGGGGUGGGCAGCGCAGGCCCACCGCCAACUGGUCAAAUUUGGCUACCAGUCCCGGGGCGGGUCGCCCCUCGAGGGGCCCACCGCCAACUGGUCAGAUUUGGGUUGUGUCCUGAAAUUUACCUAUGUCGAAAACCCUCCUACCACCACCCCUCCUCCCCGCGCCCCCGUGCGCCCCUCGCCCGCGCUGCCCUCCUCCCAACCGGCAACUGGCCGGUCUCCCCAGGCCGGGGCCUCGCCGCCCGCCCGUCUGGGCUGGCUGGCCGGCACCCACCGUUCCAACGCCGCCCCGGCUAGAGCGCCGCUGCCGCACACCGAACACGCCGGC